AUGGCCAUAGGUUAAAUAGUAUAAAUACCCAAAUGCCAAUCCGAGACUAGCAUUUAGACCUUUCUUCCCGCAGCUUUACUCUUUCCUUGCCGUCAAUCAACCUCUAUUGCAUUGUGCCAACACCAUUCCAGUGAGGACGCACAAGCUCUAAGACUUGAUCUGUUUGGAAAGAUGAGAUUGUUAACACACAAUAUGCUAUCUUCAAACAUUAAGGGUGUGGUGAAUGGAUUUCCAUUGCGUAUAGAAGCCGAGAAAGUGCUGGAAAAGAAUGUCGAAAUGAAUAGUGAUUUUUUGAAAAAUAUGUUUGAGAAGAUUGAGUGGAAGGCUUUUGUGGAAGCAUCGCGGGGAAUGGGAUAUACUGAACUACCCGAGGAGGCUGACUCUUCUAUGCUGGAUUCAGAUGAAUUUCUGAACCGAUUCCAUCAUGCCCUGUUGGAACUUCACCUUGAAGAAGGUGCUCUUGUUUGCCCGGAGACUGGACGGCGUUUCCCCGUCAGAAAGGGUAUUCCAAAUAUGCUUCUUCAUGAAGAUGAGGUUUGAAAUUUUUGUAAUUAGCCCCGUACAUUCGUUAGCUGGUAAUGGAAAGAAAGCAACAUCAGUUAGGAUUCGUUAUUUUAAUCAAGUUGAUUCGUUAACAGAUGUUAGGAUGGCUGCCCCGUCGGAUAGUUGCUUGAUGAUUUCACUAUUUGCAACUGCAUGGUAAUAUUAAACUGCAUCUAAGAGCAUUAUAAUGUUUUGUGUUUGAUGAGUUUCUGUUAUCAUUCCUUUAAAGUUUAUGUCAAUUGUGUUCA